GAACGUUUUUUGCUAAUCCGCAUAGAACACACAGAAACCGCAGCAGAGCAGCAGCACAGUAAAUAAGUCAGUGGAACAAACGCUGCGACCCAUAUAUAAAUUAAUUGGCACACAGAAUAUUUGUGACAGUUCGUCGUAUGCUUUCGCAACGGCAAAAGCUUCAAUAGGUUCAAAACAAAAAGCAAAACCAAAUAUGUGGAAAUUAAUCAACAUUGUUGUUGCCUGCUCUAUCCUCAUACAAUGCGCGCAGGCGCAAAUUGCGUUUACUGGUCUGCCUUGCACCGUGCGAAAUCCUAAGAUUGUCGGCGGCAGCGAAGCCGAGCGCAAUGAAAUGCCCUUCAUGGUGAGUUUAAUGCGACGUGGUGGCCACUUUUGUGGCGGCACUAUUAUAAAUGAACGCUGGAUUCUGACCGCCGGCCACUGCAUCUGCAAUGGGCUGCAAAAGUUCAUGAAACCGGCGCAGAUUCAAGGCGUUGUUGGGUUGCACAGUAUACGCGAAUAUCUCAAUGGCAUUGGCAGCGGUCCGGAUGCGUUGCGUGUGGAUUUCAAGAACAUUGUGCCGCAUCCGCAAUACGAUUGCAAUAAUGUGAAGAAUGAUAUUGCACUGCUGGAGUUGGUGCAACCAAUUAGUUUUACGGCUCACAUUCAACCCAGUUGUGUGAGCUCGGAGAAGGAGCAGCGCAGCUUGGAACAGGAAUUCGCCACCGUGUCCGGAUGGGGCUGGACGCAUGAGAAUCAGGCGGUGGGCGAUCGAGCCGAUGUGCUGCGUAAAGCCACCGUUAAGAUCUGGAACAAUGAGGCCUGCGAGCGUUCCUAUCGUGCGCAGGGCAAAUCCAAUAGCAUUAGCGACACUCAACUGUGUGCGGGCUAUGAAAAUGGUCAAAUUGACUCAUGUUGGGCGGACUCCGGUGGCCCUUUGAUGUCCAAGGAGCACCAUUUGCUCGGCGUUGUCUCCACUGGCAUUGGCUGCGCUCGUCCUGGUUUGCCGGGUAUUUAUACGCGUGUUAGCAAAUACGUGGACUGGAUGCAGAACGUGAUAAAUAAGCGAUAAUAGCAAGUAGAAUGCUGUUGCUUAACCAAAUGUGAUUUAACUGUGAUAUUUAGUUUUUAGAAUACAAUUAAAUGUUUCACCA